AUGGAUUGCUAUAGUAAAAAUCGUGACGUGGUGUCCGAGAAGGACGGUGUUAAUGUUUCCGAGGGCCUCGACCCUCAACCGACGAACCAAAGCAAGAAUAACGGACUCGAUUCUAUUUCUGACGUGGAGACGGUUCCUGCGAAGGGAAGUGCUCGGCCGCGGGACAAGCACGGACGCUUCAUUCGCCGACCAAAGUCUCCUCGCCCGGCGAGUGAAGUGGCCUGGUUGGAAGUGGAUAGCUCAGACGAGGAGAUUCUUCGCUCACAAAGCACAAAGUCCAUAGGUCAAAGGACAUCGGCUCCCUCCAAACGUGCUCGUGAGGGUGAGGAUGAGGCACUAGAGCCCAAUAGAGCUCCAAAAAUCAACACAGCUCGGAGAGGCCGUGCUGUCGGUGUGGGUCACAAUAACACGGGACCACGCCCUCGUGUGCCCGACGCGGGUGGCCCUGGCGGGUCAUAUAGACCCACGUUGCCCAUCCAACGCUCACUAAGUGCGGGGAAUCUGGACGUGAGCGCGGGGACGGGUGAAGAGGAGCGCUCUCCUGGCCAGGCCGGGGAGGCUGAACUCGAGGGCACAGCAGACCUCAUGAGAGAGGCCCUGGCUAAGGAGGCGCGAGACGGCCUCGCGGUAAUAUUAGCGGAGACCACCAAGUCCUCUAACCUCAAGGGGACGGUGGUCAAAGCCAUAGAAGAGGCCGUCAGAAAGGUGGAGGGAGCCGUGGACUUUCUCCACCGUGGAGAGACGGCGACUGAGGCGGCGCGGCGGAUGUCGGAAGACAACCGCCGGAUGAGGGGGCAGCUCGCUGCCCUAGAGGCAGAGGUGAAGGUCCUGAGGGGGGCCUACUCCUCCGCCCCAACGCCAUGCAGCUCCGCGGAGAUGCACGCGGGGGUGAGGGAGGCCAUCGAUGACCUCAGGCGCGACAUAUUUACCUCAAUGAGGAAUAUGAUGGACGCCCGCCUGAGUGACAUCGAAAGGCGCCUCCCCGCGGAGGUCCUAAGGCCCCCCUUGGGCGGCAGAAGAGGGGCUCCUGGCGACGUAACAGUGCCCAUCGCUGCCGCCGCUGCAACCGCCCCCAGAGUGCCUCCCCCCGCGUCGACACUCGAGCCGAUACCGGGCCCCUCCCCGACCCGAAACGCGCCUGCCGGGCCGCGGCCCAAGAAGGCCAAAAAGAAGGCCCUCCCGCGGAAGACUGCUGCCGCCCCUCCUGUGGCCGCCUCCGCUGACCCCGCCGCCUCAGACGCGACGGCCCCAACGACGACGGACCAAGCGGAAAUGCCCUGGUCGCAGGUAGUUGGCCGCAAGACCAAAACGCCUAAAAAGGCCAAAAAGGCAGCUGCCACCCCCCAAGCGGCACGGGCCAAGGCGGCCCCCAAGACAGCUCCCAGACCCAGGGCACUCGCCACCCCGAAAUCGUCGGCGGUGGUGAUCACCCUGAGGCCUGAAGCGGUGGCGGAAAAGGGGGCCACAUACAAGGGUGUCCUUGAGGCGGUGACCGCUGCGGUCGACUUGGGCAGCCUCGGCAUCCCGCACGUGCGGGUGCGGAAUACCCAGACGGGUGCCCGCAUGGUCGAGGUGCCCGGGGCGACCAGCGCCGAAAAGGCCGACACCCUGGCGGCCAAGCUGGAGGAGGUGAUCGGGGGGCUGGCAACAGUGACGCGGCCAACCAAAACCGCCGAUUUAAGGGUCACCGGCCUUGACGAGUCGGUGACCCCAGAGAAGAUCCGGGCGGUGGUGGCCGCGAAGGGCCAAUGCCCCCAGUCCACCGUGAGCGUGGGAGCCGUCAGACUGGCCCCCAACGGGAGGGGGUCAGCCAUCGUCCGCUGUCCGGUGACGGCAGCCCAACGGGUGGCGGCUGCCGGCCGCAUGUUGGUGGGGUGGUCCUCCGCCGGGGUCCAUGUGAUGGAGCCCCUCCCCAUGCGCUGCUUCAGGUGCAUGGGGAUUGGCCACACCAGAGCCCUCUGCCCGUCCAGUGUGGAUAGGAGCGGGCUCUGCUUCAGGUGUGGCCAGGUCGGACACUCGGCCUCCGGGUGCACGGCGACCCCGCGGUGCUCGGUAUGCACCGCGGCUCGCCGUCCAGCGGACCACGUAAUGGGGGGGCGAUCUUGCGCUCCCCCUCCCACCAAGGGCAAGCCGGCGGGGACCUCAGGCCCCCCCCCUAUUGAGGGACAAAGGCAACCUCAACCACUGCGCCAGGGCACAGGACCUAUUGGUCCAGGCCAUGGCGGAGUGGGGGGUUGCGGUGGCUGCUGUGGCGGAGCCAUACUUUGUCCCCCCGCGGGGGAAUUGGGCGGGGGAUCGGGAGGAGACGGUGGCCAUAGUGGCGUCGACUGCCGGAAACUUCCCCCCUCUAGUGGUGAAGGAACGCGGGUCAGGGUUCGUGGCGGCGAGGUGGGGAGAAGUCAUCCUAAUUGGGGUGUACUUCUCUCCAAACCGCUCCCUGGCCCAAUUCCAGGCAUUCCUGGAGACCCUAGAGAGGGCGGUGAGGAGGGCAGCUCCGACGCCGGUGUUGGUAUUGGGGGACCUCAACGCCAAGAGCGCGGCGUGGGGUUCUCCGGUCACCAAUGCCAGAGGGCCAAAGUUGGAGGAUGGGCGGCAGCCUUAGGGCUGGUCGUCCUCAACCGGGGCCAUGCCAACACGUGCGUGCGGCGAAAUGGGGGGUCAAUCGUGGACAUCACCUUUGCGACCCCCUCACUAGCCGCGCGAGUAUCCGGCUGGCAGGUCCUGGAGGACGAGGAGACCCUCUCCGAUCAUAAAUAUAUACGGAUGAGGGUCUCCCAUGCGCCGCCAGCGACGGCCUCCAACACGGCCCCCGGGAGGGGCUUUCCCAAAUGGGCACUCACCCGUCUGGACCCUGAGCUCGCAGAGGAAGCAGCCAUGGUCCAGGCGUGGUGCCCCCCCCCCCCCCCACCGGCCACCGUCGAUGUGGAUCAGAAGCGGUCAAGUUCAGGGAAGACUUGA